AUGGCUCUGCCCAUUGCAGAACUCCGGGGCAGCAAAGAGCUCAGUGUUCUGGGAACUGAGCAAGACAGGACAGGGCUGAAAACAAAGCAAGAGAGGAGGAAGAGCCAGGCCUGCAGUGGACCAGAGAAGCAAGAAGAGGAGCAUCCUGGGCAUAUUUACUCACAGUCUUGCAAAAUGGCAGCCACACAUCUGUCUGCUAUAUUGGACCAUGCUGGUAUCCAUAAGAGGAACACAAAGGUGGAAAACAUCCACUCUGCAUUACAGAACUCAAUAACCUUUGAGGAUGUGGCCAUGGACUUCACCCAGGAGGAAUGGGCGUUAUUGAAUUCACGUCAGAGAAAACUGUACAGAGAUGUGAUGCUGGAGAACUAUAGAAACUUGGCAUCUCUGGAAAAGCAGCUCAGCAAACCCACUGUGAUCACCCAGAUGAAACAGGAAGAUGAAAUGAAAACAGGGACAGGAAAUCACCAAGAUACCUGUUCAAAUGGGAUGGUUCUCCUUAAAACCAAACAACCACAACAUAAGCAAGAUAUUUUGGAGAAAGAAGCACGCAGUGGCAAGAAGCAUGAAAAAACUUGCAUUAGAGAGAAAUAUUUUCAGUGUAGCCAGUGUGGUAAAGUAUUACAGAACCACUCAUCCUUUGCAUUGCACAUGAGAACCCACAGUGGAGAAAAACCCUUUAAAUGUAACCAGUGUGGGAAAGCCUACAGUUCAAGCUCUUAUCUUACACGGCACAAGAGAAUUCACACUGGGGAGAAGCCCUAUGAAUGCCGUGACUGUGGAAAAACCUUCAGAGAUAGUUCACUUCUUAGACAACAUGAAGGAAUUCAUUCAAGGGACAAACCUUACAAAUGUGAUCAGUGCAACAAAACCUUCGGUAGAAGCUCUAGGCUUACCAUGCACAAGAUAAUACAUACCAAAGAGAAGCCCUAUGCCUGCAAUGAUUGUGGGAAAACCUUCAGUAUUCUUUCAUACCUUACAAGACAUAAGAGGGUCCACACUGGUGAGAAGUCCAUUGAGUGUAGCCACUGUGGAAAAGCAUUAAGUAGUCCAUCAGCCCUGAAGACACACCUGCGGAUACAUACUGGAGAGAAACCUUACAAGUGUGAUCAGUGUGGGAGGACUUUUAGAAUGAGCUGUAAUCUUAAUGUGCACAAGAAAAUGCAUGCUGGAGAGAAACCGUGUACUUGCAAUGACUGCGGGAAAGCCUUCAGGGAUCACUCGUGCCUUAAAGAACACGUGAGAAUUCACACUGGGGAGAAACCCUUUGCAUGUAAUCAGUGUGGGAAAGCCUUCAGAGUGAAAUCUUUUCUCACUUUACACAUAAGAACUCACACUGGAGAGAAACCCUAUGAGUGUGAUCAAUGUGGGAAAACCUUCAGCGUAAGGUGUAAUCUUACUGUGCACAAAAGAGUCCAUACUGGUGAAAAGCCCUAUCAAUGCAGUGUCUGUGGACGUGCUUUCAGUAAGCUCUCCUCCCUUCGACGGCAUCACGAGAGCACUCAUGCUGGAUAA